CGACCUCCGUCCUCCUCCCCUCGCCAUAUCGGAGAGAGAGAGAGAGAGGGGAAGAGGAGUGGAGACCAGCAGCAGAGAGGGAGAAGAGAAAGAGUAGCGUUGAUACACCGUCGAAUCGAAUCGGAUCGGAUCGGACCGGGGACAGGGGCCGGGAGCGGGAAGGAGACCGCCGCCGUCCUAUCACCCCCAUAUCGGAAUCGCAUUCGCAUCUCACUCCUCCCCCCCCACUCGCCGGUCGCUUCGAUUGCGUGAUUCGUACGGUUUAUCACCGCCUCUUUCUCUUCCGCUCUCUCGCACGCCACCGCCAUCGCCAGGAGCUGCUCCCUCCCGCGGCGCCGCCACCGGCAGAGCAGCAGCAGCAGCAGUAGUGCCAACAUUCGUUUCCCCCCCUUCCCCUCCCCUCUCCUCUCCCCGCUCCUUCUUCUGAUUCUGCUGCUGGUUGUUUGGUGUGCUGGUUGUGCGUGACGAUUUGUUUGCUGUGCUUGCAGCUGCGGGCGGUGGAGAUGGCGGGAGGAGGAGGAGGAGGUGGCGCGGGCGAGCACCCGGGGGCGGUGUCCUACUGGUACGACGCCUGCGAGGACGACGAGGACGCGUCGCUGCUGUGCGGCAUCGACUUCGCCUCGUCCGCCGACUUCGACCCGGGGCUCAUGCCCUUGCCCGCCAUGGACUGCGGCAUCGACUUCGCCGCCUCCGCGGAUUUCAACCCCGGCUUCAUGCCCGCCAUGGACUGCGGCGGCGUAGACGACGGAUUCGUCGCCGAGAUCGACCGGAUUCUCGAGAGCAUCGACGCCGAGACAGCCCCCGCGCCACAGCCCCCGCCUGUGGCUCCCCCGCAACCGCCGGCGGAGCGGGUGCAGGAGGCUGCUGCUAUUGCGGCUGUGGCCAACAAUGCCGUGGCGGUGGUGUGCUCGGAGCAGAGGAGCCAGGCCGGCGGGCCCAGGAACGAGGCGAGAAGCGUCGAGGCGAGGAAGGAGACGAGAAGCGUCGGGCCGAGGAAGGAGACGACAAGCGCCGAGCCGAGGAAGGAGACGAGAAGGGAGACGCAAGGCGGUUCGGCGAACGGCGGUCGCGGCGGGGAGUGGAGAGACGGGAAGCGUCCUCGGCUCGCCCCUGGGGCUGACGGGGGCCCACGCCCUGAUUCCCGGCGGCGCCCGAUGCUGCCGCCGCCCUCGCGUGGCUGGGAUGAACGGCGCGGGAGGCGCGACUUCGUCGACAGGCCUCGCAAGCGCGACCGCGACCGCGACAGUAACCCUGCCCACCGGCGCGAGGCUCGAGGAUUCUGGGAGCGGGACCGCGGCGGCAAGAUGGUGUUCCGCCCUGGCACCUGGGAGCAGGAGUCUGAGCGCGAGGGAAAGCGUGCCAGGACACAGAACGGAGGCUCCAUGGAGAAGAAUGCAGACGCAGAUAAGGCGGCUUCCGCCCACAAGGAGAAGCCUCUCGCCGAGGAGCAGGCCAGACAUUACCAGUUGGAGGUGCUCGAGCAAGCAAAGAGCAGGAACACAAUAGCCUUCCUCGAGACCGGCGCAGGGAAGACCCUCAUUGCUGUGCUGCUCAUCAAAAGCAUAUGUGACAAAAUGAUGAAGGAGAACAGGAAAAUACUUGCCGUGUUCUUGGUUCCCAAGGUGCCUCUUGUGUAUCAGCAAGCUGAGGUGAUACGCGAGAGGACUGGCUAUCGGGUUGGGCACUACUGCGGAGAGAUGGGUCAGGAUUUCUGGGAUGCUAGGAAGUGGCAGCGAGAGUUUGAUUCCAAACAGGUACUAGUUAUGACAGCUCAAAUUUUGUUAAACAUCCUCAGGCACAGUAUUAUUAAAAUGGACGCCAUACAUCUUUUAAUUUUAGACGAGUGCCAUCAUGCAGUGAAAAAGCAUCCAUAUUCUCUAGUGAUGUCAGAAUUUUAUCACACAACUCCGAAGGAUAAGAGACCAGUUGUUUUUGGUAUGACAGCUUCUCCUGUCAACCUAAAGGGAGUCACUAGCCAAGAAGAUUGUGCCAUCAAGAUAAGAAAUCUUGAGAGUAAACUGGAUUCCGUUGUUUGUACUAUCAAGGAUCGGAAGGAGCUUGAGAAACAUGUUCCCAUGCCUUCUGAAGUUGUUGUCCAAUAUGACAAAGCAGCCACCCUUUGUUCCCUGCACGAGCAGAUCAAACAAAUGGAAGCUGCUGUUGAAGAAGCUGCACUCUGUAGCUCUAAGAGAACAAAGUGGCAGUUUAUGGGAGCCAGGGAUGCUGGGUCUAGAGAUGAGCUGCGCCUUGUCUAUGGUGUUUCUGAGCGUACAGAAAGUGAUGGUGCAGCUAAUUUAAUCCAGAAGUUGAGAGCUAUAAAUUAUGCUUUAGGUGAACUAGGACAAUGGUGUGCUUAUAAGGUUGCACAGUCCUUCUUGACAGUAUUGCAGAAUGAUGAAAGGGCAAACUAUCAGGUUGAUGUAAAGUUUCAAGAGUCGCAUUUAAAGAAGGUUGUUGAUUUAUUGCACUGCCAGUUGACUGAGGGAGCUGCAGUGAAAAGCGAGACGAAUGAUGUUGAGAUGCAUAACACUGAAAAUCACAACCCAAGUGAACUUGAAGAUGGGGAGCUGCCUGAUAGCCAUGCUGUUUCUGUAGGUGAACAUGUAGAUGAGGUUAUCGGAGCUGCCGUGGCAGAUGGGAAAGUUACCCCUAGGGUGCAGGCUUUAAUCAAAAUCCUUCUCAAGUAUCAGCAUACUGAGGAUUUCCGUGCUAUCAUCUUUGUGGAGCGAGUUGUCACGGCAUUAGUUCUUCCUAAGGUGCUUGCAGAGCUUCCAUCUUUAGGCUUUAUCCGAUGUGCAAGCUUGAUAGGUCAUAACAACAAUCAAGAGAUGCGCACAAGCCAAAUGCAGGAUACAAUUGCAAAAUUUCGUGAUGGUCGUGUUACACUGUUAGUUGCGACUAGUGUCGCUGAGGAAGGACUUGAUAUUCGACAGUGCAAUGUUGUCAUUCGCUUUGACCUUGCAAAGACGGUUUUGGCCUACGUACAGUCUCGUGGUCGUGCAAGAAAGCCUGGAUCUGACUACAUAUUGAUGGUUGAAAGGGGAAAUUUGGCACAUGAAACUUUCUUGAGGAAUGCUCGAAAUAGUGAGGAGACGUUGAGAAAAGAGGCUAUAGAAAGAACUGAUCUCAGUCAUCUUGAUGGUACUCUGUUAAAUUCCAUUCAUAUACCACCUGAUUCGAUGUAUCAGGUCGAAUCAACAGGUGCUGUUGUCAGCUUGAAUUCUGCAGUUGGGCUCGUACAUUUGUACUGUUCACAGCUUCCAAGUGACAGGUACUCAAUUCUUCGUCCAGAAUUUAUUAUGCAAAAACAUGAGAAGCCAGGGGGUUCCAUGGAAUAUUCUUGCAAACUUCAACUUCCCUGUAAUGCUCCAUUUGAGAAACUCGAGGGUCCUAUAUGCGGAUCAAUUCGCCUGGCACAGCAAGCUGUUUGUUUGGCUGCCUGUAAGAAGCUGCACGAGAUGAGUGCCUUCACAGAUAUGCUUUUACCUGAUAGAGGAAGUGGGGAAGGAGAGAAGACCGAAAAGAAUGAAGGUGAUCCACUCCCUGGAACGGCACGCCAUAGAGAGUUUUAUCCUGAAGGUGUUGCUGAAAUUCUGAGAGGAGAAUGGAUUUUAUGUGGAAGAGAUGGCUGCCAAAGCACUCAAUUUAUUAAGUUGUAUAUGUAUUCUGUCAAUUGUGUGGAUGUAGGGACAUCUAAGGACCCUUCCCUUGCACAAAUAUCGAAUUUUUCUAUUAUUUUUGGCAGUGAGCUGGAUGCAGAGGUUCUGUCGACACCAAUGGAUCUCUUUGUUGCCAGGACGAUGAUAACAAAAGCAUCUCUUGUAUUCCGUGGACCAAUUGAAGUUACAGAAAGUCAGCUGGUUCUGCUGAAGAGCUUUCAUGUUAGGCUCAUGAGCAUAGUCCUUGAUGUUGAUGUUGAUCCCUCAACUACACCUUGGGAUCCAGCAAAAGCAUACCUCUUUGUCCCUGUAGGAGCUGAGAAGUGUGCAGGUGCUUUAAGAGAGAUCGAUUGGACUUUAAUCAACAACAUUGUGAACACUGAUGCCUGGAACAACCCACUUCAGAAGGCACGACCAGAUGUCUAUCUAGGCACCAAUGAGAGGACACUCGGUGGAGAUAAGAGAGAGUAUGGGUUUGGAAAAUUGCGUAAUGGAACCGCUUUUGGACAGAAGGCACAUCCAACUUAUGGUAUUAGAGGAGCCAUUGCUGACUUUGAUAUUGUUAAAGCAUCUGGCUUAGUUCCUUCUCGUGAUAGAGGGUAUUCAAGUGACUAUCAGAACCAAGGCAAGUUGUUCAUGGCAGAUUCAUGCUGGGAUGCUAAAGAUCUUUCUGGAAUGGUUGUCACUGCUGCCCACUCAGGAAAGCGGUUCUAUGUGGACUGUAUUUGUUAUAACAUGAAUGCAGAAAAUUCAUUUCCUAGGAAGGAAGGCUAUCUGGGGCCUUUGGAAUAUAGCUCAUAUGCUGAUUACUACAAGCAAAAAUAUGGUGUGGAGCUAGUGUAUAAGAAACAACCUCUUAUACGUGCACGUGGUGUUUCCUAUUGCAAGAAUCUUCUGUCUCCUAGAUUUGAGCAUUCUGAAGCUAGAGAAGGUGAUUUUUCGGAGAACGUUGACAAAACAUAUUAUGUCUAUUUACCACCCGAACUUUGCCUUGUGCACCCACUUCCUGGAUCACUCAUUCGUGGAGCUCAGAGGUUGCCAUCAAUAAUGAGAAGGGUUGAGAGUAUGCUUCUUGCAGUUCAAUUGAAGGAAACAAUUGAUUAUCCUGUUCCCGCAGUUAAGAUAUUAGAAGCCUUGACUGCUGCAUCAUGCCAAGAAACAUUCUGCUAUGAAAGAGCAGAGUUACUGGGUGAUGCAUACCUGAAAUGGGUCGUGAGUAGAUUCCUUUUCCUAAAAUAUCCUCAGAAGCAUGAGGGUCAGCUUACAAGGAUGAGGCAGCAGAUGGUCAGUAACAUGGUCCUCUAUCAAUUUGCCCUGAAUAAAACUCUUCAAUCAUUUAUUCAAGCAGAUCGGUUUGCCCCAUCAAGAUGGGCAGCUCCCGGAGUACUACCUGUAUUUGAUGAAGAGACGAGAGAAUCUGAACCGUCCAUCUUUGGUGGGGAGUCAAUACCUGGUAAUGAAUUACAGAAGGAUUAUGACGAUGACUACACCGAUAGCAUUCAAGAGGAGGGCGAAAUUGAUGGAGAUUCUAGCUGCUAUCGUGUUCUCUCAAGCAAGACAUUAGCAGAUGUUGUUGAAGCACUUAUUGGGGUCUAUUAUGUAGCAGGAGGGAAAAUUGCUGCGAACCACCUGAUGAAGUGGAUUGGGAUCCACGCCGAAUUGGAUCCUCAAGAGAUCCCUCCCCCAAAGCCAUAUAAUAUACCUGAGAGCAUAUUGAAAGGCAUUGACUUUGAGACAUUGGAAGGCAUCUUGGGUACCAAAUUCCAGAAUAAAGGUUUUCUUAUUGAGGCUAUAACGCAUGCAUCCAGGCCAUCUUCUGGUGUUUCCUGUUACCAGCGGUUGGAAUUUGUUGGUGAUGCUGUGUUGGAUCAUCUCAUCACGAAGCAUCUAUUUUUUACAUAUACUGAUCUACCUCCUGGUCGCUUGACUGACCUGAGAGCUGCGGCUGUUAAUAAUGAGAACUUUGCAAGGGUUGCAGUUAGGCGUAAGCUGCACGGACAUCUUCGCCAUGGCUCAUCUGCACUGGAAACACAGAUUCGGGAGUUCGUGAAGGAUGUCCGAAAAGAGAUUUCAAAAUCAGGUUUCAAUUCUUUUGGACUUGGGGAUUGCAAGGCUCCUAAAGUUCUUGGAGACAUUAUUGAGUCUAUAGCUGGGGCAGUAUUCCUGGAUAGUGGGUAUGACACCUCGGCAGUCUGGAAGGUGUUCCAACCGCUCCUCGAACCUCUGGUAACGCCAGAGACCCUUCCGAUGCAUCCAAUUAGGGAGCUCCAAGAACGGUGCCAGCAACAAGCAGAAGGGUUAGAAUACAAAGCAUCCCGGGCAGGCAAUGUAGCUACUGUGGAAGUCUUUGUUGAUGGUGUUCAGAUUGGUGUAGCUCAGAAUCCCCAGAAGAAGAUGGCACAGAAAUUGGCGGCGAGGAACGCACUCGUGGUCCUGAAGGAGAAGGAAACUGCAGCAAAGAAAGAGACAGAAAAGGAUGGUGAUAAGAGCAAUGCUGGGUUCACCAGGCAGACCCUGAACGACACUUGCUUGAGAAGGCAGUGGCCAAUGCCGCAGUACAGGUGCAUAAACGAGGGCGGCCCUGCUCAUGCUAAAAGAUUUGUGUACGCGGUUAGGGUGAAUACGUCGGAUCGUGGAUGGACCGACGAGUGCGUCGGAGAGCCGAUGCCGAGCGUGAAGAAGGCCAAGGACUCUGCCGCCAUGCUUCUCCUUGAGCUUCUGAAUCGAAGUUUCCCUGAUAAGCCUGGCGGUAAGAAGUGAUAGCUAUUGACGUUGUUGGUGAUCAUUGCGGUGGCAUCGGCGUCGAGACAUUCGGCAUUUUUACACAGCAUAGAUUCAUUACCCAUUCAGUGCUCUUCAGCUCUGGCAAAUAAGAUAGAUAGACAGGCAGAGCUGAUGAGUGAGAGCAGAGGAUAACUCUUACCAACCUAGUUGAGGCCGCUGGAUGUCAUUAGAGAUUUAUUUACUGUGAGGCAGGAUAAAUAGGAGUUGGCAAUAGCAGAAAGAAAUGGUAGUCUGAUAUAGGAUAGAUCUGAGUGGAGGCCUCUUAAUUGUAUUGUAUUUUGUUGUAACUUGCAAACAUGCAUUAGAUGAUUGAUCCAAGAGAAAUCUGUGGAAUUUUACCCUUA